AUGGUUUCCGGUUCCGUAAGCUAGGUCGGUCGGUCGGACAUGGAGCAAGACAUGAGUCCGAUUGAGUAUGCUGGUGUUAAAUUUCAUAUAGUCAUGCGUUAUAUAUUUUUUCUGUAAUGAUUUUCCUCUUGAUAGGGCCAAAGCGGAACCCAAAUUCUUAAUGUCAGGAAAAAAUGUCAGGGAGAUUGUUGUUGUACAGGACAUAGCUAAUAAUUGACAACAAACUAGCCAGCUAGUAGCGUUUAUUAACGAGCUUGGUAAGCGGUUAGUUAGCCAAGGUUGUUCUCAGUUGGUACACAUUUAGGAAUAGAGUUCUAUAUCCUUUGGCUGCUGUGCUAACCAACCUACCACCAGCACUUUUCAUGUCGGUGAAGACAGUGCCAUUCCUGUCCUGUCAAAUUUAGAGGCUAGCUCUGACGUUAGCUCACAUUGGGCCUUUGGAGAAACCACCUCCAACUUCAGGAAUUUACACACAUCAAUGGAGAAAGAAGAAGCGGAGAGAUUAGUCGAGAAAGCAAAGGUAUGCUUGCGAUCUGGACGGAGAGACAGGGCUCUUCAGCUGUUGUAUGAAGCCCAGAAGACAUACCCCACAACCAGAGCCAGAGUCCUCAUCGAUGCCAUCUUGGGAGAUGGGGACUCUAACGGGCCUGAGUCGGAGCGCACGUUCACCCCUCCACCUGGCUGGAGAACAGCUGACGUCAAUGCACAGCAGCAGCAGCAGCAAGAGGAGGAGCGGAGGAGCCACGACAGGAGGGGAAGCUCUGGAGCUGGAGCAGGGGCAGGGGCUGGUUACAGUAACGGUGCAGGUGCUGGUGACGACAACAAGACUUACACAGAGGAGCAGCGGCAAGGAGUGCUCAGAAUAAAGAGAUGCAAGAACUUCUAUGAGAUCCUGGGCGUGACGAAGGACGCCUCAGACGAGGACCUGAAGAAGUCCUAUCGGAAGCUGGCUCUGCGCUUCCACCCAGACAAGAACUGCGCUCCUGGAGCCACAGACGCUUUUAAAGCCAUAGGUAAUGCAUACGCUGUGCUGAGCAACCCGGACAAGAGGAAGCAGUAUGACGUGUAUGGGGAGCAGGGUGCGGCUGAGAGCAGCAGCAACAACAGCAGCAGUCCGUCAGCCUCCGGGGGGCGCUACCAGCGCACCUUCCACCGCGACUUCGAGGCGGACAUCUCCCCUGAGGAGCUCUUCAACAUGUUUUUCGGCGGGAGGUUCCCAACAGGCAACAUCCACGUGUACACCAACAGAGCAGGAGGCGCGUCCUACGCCCAUUUCUACCAGCCUCCGCGGCGGCGCAGAGCCUAUGAGCGGCGCGAGGAGGUGGUGGUGGAGGAGAACCAGAGCCAGAACACUUUUACAGCGUUCCUGCAGCUUCUCCCUGUCCUGGUGUUGAUCCUCAUCUCCGUGGUAACGCAGAUGAUGGCCACCAACCCCCCAUACAGCCUCUUCUAUAAACCGUCCAUGGGCUUGGUGGUGUCCAGAGAGACGCAGCACCAGGGUGUGCCCUACUACGUGGACAAGGGCUUCACUAAGGAGUACCACGGGACGGCACUGGAGGAGCUGGAGAAGACCAUAGAGAGCGACUACAUAGACCACCUACAGAGCAGCUGCUGGAAGGAGAAACAACAAAAGUCGGACUUGGCUAACCUGGGUCAGCUGUACCGAGACGAGCGGCUGAAGCAGAAGGCAGAGUCCAUGAGGCUGGAGCACUGCGAGAAGCUCCACCGCUUUGUGGCACGCCACCGAGGAGACUGAUGCCUGAAGCCACAGCUGCCCUCCACAGCACCGCCACCCCCCGCCCCGUCCUACAUGAGACGACUCACUCACAUUUUCAUUUUUUUUUUUUCAUUGAUUAGAAGGGAUUUUAUUUGUCGGUUUACUUUUUUGUUUUUAGUUCUCAAAUGAUUAUGAUCUGCGCGGGUCACUUUGUUUUUAUAGAGGCGUACCACGUAUGCAUGGCACGCGCUAUGCGCACUCCGACAGCAGUUAUUCAACGGAAGAGCAGCGUGGUGCCUUCUGCUCUUCCAGGACAGGCGGGGCACAAACUGUAGCGCCUCUUCCGGAGCGAGUAGUUCAAACCUGCCUAGAGACGGGCCACAGAGGGACUCUCCAGUCCGGCCUCUGUGAAGGAUUGAGCUGUAGUGUUUAGUGAUUAUGUUGGCCAUUUCCUUACAUUAAGGAACUCUGGCUUAUUUACCCUAGGAAGGCUGCUUUCUGUUAAUCACCAUCUUAUAUUUGUUUGUUUUGUUUUCUUUUUUUUCUGGUUAGGUCACGUGCCUGAGUGGCUCUAGUGUUACUGUUGUAUAAGCAGAGGAUUAACUUAUUUAAUUCUAAUUUAUUCUUUUUUUUUCCCUGUGCUGUGAAUUAAGUUAUUCAAAUAUGGCCAAACGUACGUAUGGCCGCAGAUCAUAGCAAAUACAGAUUACUUUAAUAUAGCUCAGAGGUAAAACUUAAAAAGCCAGAACCACUGAAGUACAGUGAGUAACGAAAAAAAAAUCUCAGUGAGAUGGUAACUACUUUGCGCUACAAAAUUUGCAACAAUUACUACUGAACGCACAUCCACAAGUCCCUUUGCACUCCUGUGACUAAAGAUUUUGUUAUGGAUAUUGCGCAAUGAGUAUUUUGCCAAAAAGAAAAAAAAAAACAUUGAACUCUCAUAUCUUAUUUUGCAAACCAGUGUCUUUGUCUUGUCUGUACACUACACUUCCAUCGUAGUCAACUCUUGUCUGCUUUUGUUUUCAGUUGUUGUAGAAAAAUCGCACUCUCUACUAUAAUUCUUGGGGUCUUUUUAUUCAUUAUUAUUUAUUUAGUGUGUUAGUGUGGCCCGCUGAAGAUGGCUUAGGCUGAAACAUCUAUCUGUGUGUCAUUCUAACCCACUAAAUAAAAAAACAACAAUUGUAGUCCAGAGUGCAUUUUUUUCAACAACAAAUGCACUGGUCCAGUUGCUCGCAUGCGCCCAAACACCUUUUUCGAGACAAUUUGGAGUUGAGCAUAGACCUACUACCUUUAAAUAAACCCUACUUUUUUGUUCUCAGUGCAUGCAGCCAUUGGGAGUAUCCCCAUAUUCUGCUUGCUUGGUGACAUUUAGGUUGCAGUUCCAGUAAGAGUUACUAUUAUCUAAGCACAUCAUCACUCUCCAUUAGUCUCCCCUGCCUCUCCCCUUGUUAAAAAGACUGUUACAGGACCCCUCCAGGGUUCUUAGUACCUGACCACGUCUGGGCUUCCGGUUCUAGCUAGUCUUGCCUGUCAAGUUAAGACACUGUUGUUUUAUACACAGGACACCAGAGACGAUCAACAUCUAAAAAGAGUCAUUGUAGUUUUGUAUCUUUUUGUUGUUAAUAUUGCAGUGUGACAUUUGAAACCCAAUGUCAAUCUCAGCAAAUCACUGCUUAAAAAAAGGGAAAACAAUCAAUGCAAAAAGCCUUAAGCUUUAGUGAGGGCUUUUAAGUAAUAAUAAGUAAUAAUAAUAGAUCCGUUUCAUACAGCGCUUUUCUUGGUACUCAAAGUAUGCUAUUCAUCUCUUGUUUCUUGUGCCACACUGAUUGGUUGGAUGUUUGGAACCCCUGGCUCAGGGUAGUCUUUACGGGCUACAACAUGUAAUUGUAAAGAAGAGAAACAACCAAAACCCCUUUGGCGUACUUUUCACCUCUCUCGUCUCUUGUCCCACUACUGUAUGUCCUGCACACUUCCAAGUGAACACUUUCAAAAAAUGUGUGUUCACCAUGUUUUCAUGUUACCGUCCACUUUCACCCUUUGCUUUUUUUCCCUUUCUUGAUUUUUUCCGCACCAAGCUGUUAUAAACUCAAUGCACUGACUAUAGCACAAAUGGAGGAAAGGAACCAGCUUCUUUAGUUGGAGCCGUUAAGGUGCUAACUGGACAAGAUGCCAGUGUACACAGUGUUAUUACCCCUCCCCUUGCUCAGUAACCAAGCCCCUACUUGAUUUUGGUCUUUGCUGAGCAAGGUUACGUGUUGGUUUAAUAAUAAAAAAUGUUACUCACUCUCUUUAACAAGUC